AUGUUUCAUCACCGCACCAGUGUCGAUGCUGCGUCAAAGGACAAAGAUGAGGAUCGAAGGCUCCCCUAUAUGGGAGGACCGGACACGCAAACUAUCAGCAGACAGACUGAGGUACAAGAGAAGGCUGCUGGAAUAACAGGUAACAGAAGUGCUGAUCUGCUGCAGACAAUCCACAACUUGGUUCACCAAGAUGCCCUCGCCUGUCAGCCCUGCUUCCAAGGCUUAUCAGUCAUACGCAAACUCAGCAUCAAACACGAUAAAGAUGGUGCUCACCUUGACAAUGAACCACUGAUUCUUGCAAAAUUCGGGUCCUCCGCGAUCUGUCUCUGUCUCUCGAAGACCAUCGAUAUUUUAGAACGAGGACCCGAGUGCAUUUAA